CUAAACAGGUGUCCAAAGCGCGGACAUCCGAUGGCUGGAGCCCUACAAAGUAGAAAAAUUUACAGUGAAAGUGACAACAACCUAGUCCUUCGGCCCUUCCCUCCCUGCCUGCCUGAUUCUUUGCCGAACGAAAUUGUGGUUGUUAGUCCGAAGAGAAAAACAUACUUCAAUUUCAUGGCGCUUCAACUCGAUUUUUCGCUAUCAUCGCCUCUCAUUACGAACCACUUCCUAACCCACGCGAAAUCAUUUCAAUCUCCCAAAUCAAAACUCUCCUCUCAGUUUCUGCGGUUCGAUCAUCACAUUCCAGGCAAGGGCUGGAAAACUGAAUUGUGCAAAAAGGCGAGAAUCGCCUGCUCUGCGAAAUCCGGAGAGAACAUCGAGAAUGCAGGGUCCGUGAAAGAAAGAAGUGUAUCUAUCGUUCUUCUCGCCGGCGGAAAGGGAAAACGAAUGGGUGCGAGCAUGCCAAAGCAAUAUCUUCCAUUGUUAGGCCAACCAAUUGCUUUAUAUAGCUUCUAUACUUUCUCAAGCAUGGUUGAAGUGAAGGAAAUUGUUGUAGUUUGUGAUCCAUCAUACAAGGAUAUUUUUGAAGAUAUCAAGGAGAAGAUUCUUGUAGACCUUAAAUACGCUUUGCCUGGAAAGGAGAGACAGGAUUCUGUGUUCAAUGGACUUCAGGAAAUCGACAGUGGCUCACAACUUGUAUGCAUCCAUGAUUCAGCAAGACCUCUAGUAUUAUCUGGAGAUGUCAAAAAGGUUCUUCAUGAUGGUUUGUUGCAUGGGGCUGCUGUACUUGGUGUUCCUGUUAAAGCUACAAUCAAAGAGGCAAAUAACAAGUCUUUUGUAGUAAGGACUCUGGACAGGAAAACACUUUGGGAAAUGCAAACUCCACAGGUCGUCAAGCCUGAAUUGCUUAGAGAAGGCUUUGAGCUUGUAAACAGGGAAGGCCUUGAAGUCACAGAUGAUGUAUCUAUAGUGGAGCACCUAAAACAUCCUGUAUAUAUCACGGAAGGGUCUUACACCAACAUUAAGGUUACAACUCCUGAUGAUUUGUUACUUGCUGAGAGGAUAUUGAGUAUCAAUUCAGGAGUGCCCUCUGAUUAAAUAAAAUGCUGCGUCUCACUUUUCUUGCUUUUUCUUAUUUGGGUGGCAUCCUCGACUCAGAAAUCCAUGAUAAAAUCAUAAGCUGAAGGGAACCUUUCUACUUCAGUUUAAAUAUUCGAUCAUUUUUUUUUUUAAUGUAUGCUAAAAUGUAAAGUUUCUGGAAUUGUAAUAAAGUAACUUUCCCCUUGUCCAAAAAAUUAUUAUUAUUGGUCAAAGAGAUGUAGGAAAGGACUUUGAAACUGGCUUGCCAUCUGAAUAAAAUCUUUUUGUCAAUUUAAAAAUAUUUGUUUGGGUU